AUGACUGAUCAACUAUCCGAAGCAAUUGUGGUCAACUUGUUGAUAUCGAAACUCGAUCCUGAUACCCGGAAAGCUUGGGAAGCUACUGUAGAUCAUGGUGACCUGCCGGUCUACGCAGAUACGAUUGAUUUUCUGCGGAAUCAUUGUUACAUGCUGGAGAGGUGUGAGGAUUCAACGACAUCCGGAAAAUCAAGGGCAACGAAUGUCGGUGUAAAGAGCAGUACGUCUACGGUUCCGGUCAAAUCGCAUACGGCUGCAGUCCAGCAUAACAGAUGUCUAGUGUGCGACAACGACCAUCCAGUUGAAACUUGUGACGUCUUCAAGAAGCUGAGCAUCAAUGGUCGGUACGCGAAAGCAAAGCAGUGCGGCUUAUGUUUUGCUUGCCUGAAAAAAGGACAUCGAACAGCCAACUGCAAGAUUGAUACCAGCAAGUUGUGUGAAUGCCAGAAGAAACACCAUCCCCUAAUGCAUUAUGAGGAGAAACAGGAAAAGACGGAGACGGCAUUGGGAAAGGCAGAAAUGAAAUCGGCAGCUGUGACUACGGAACCGCCGAAGGAGUCGCCGCAGAUCGUCGCAUCGUGUGAAGUUCCAGUGUUGCAGAUUUCAGCGCAGAAGCAGGUGUUGUUGGCGACUGCUGUCGUCGAUGUCAUUGAUAGCAGCGGUGUGGCUCACAGAUGUCGAGCACUGCUGGAUUCUGGAGCAAUGGCGAAUUUCUUAUCCCAGAAAAUGAGUGAUUUGCUGCUUCUACCCAAGGAUAGCGUGGAUAUUCCAGUAGUUGGAGUCAACGAUGCUCGGAUGAUAGUUAAAUUUCGAGUUAGCGCCACUGUGAUGUCCAGGACGACCGACUGCGUACUUUCUCUGGAUUUCUUGAUAGUGCCCCGUGUAACAGCUGCAUUGCCUGCUAUGCAGCUAGACGCUUCGGACUGGCCGAUUCCAAAUCAGUUGCAGCUUGCAGAUCCGAAUUUUUCCUGCACAAGUCGUGUAGACAUGCUCAUUGGAGCGGAGGUUUUUUACGAGCUGAUGGAGUCUGGAAAGAUACGGAUGACGGACGAACUCCCGUUGCUACAAGAGAGCCGACUAGGAUGGUUGGUGGCAGGAUCCGUGAAUGCCGAUCGAGGUGUUUCGAGCGUCAAGGUUUGCCAAGCGGCGAUCAAUGAUCGAAAGGAUGACGAACUCAACAUGCUGCUGGAGCGGUUCUGGAUGGUCGAUGAGCAAAUCAACGAACCUUCGAGCGAUUCCUGCGAGAAACAUUUUCUGGCUUCGUAUUCUCGAGCAAAGGACGGGAGGUAUAUCGUUCAGCUUCCUUUCCGAGAGGACACUGGACAACUGGGCAAUUCGAGAGACCAAGCAGAGAAGCGAUUCAAGUCACUGGAGGCAAGGCUGGACAGGCGCCCAGAUAUGAAGAAAAUGUAUUCCGAUUUCGUCAACGAGUAUCUAGAACUCGGCCAUGCAAGAGUUUUGGAUGCCGGCGAAAUUAUUUCCAAUGAUGGAUACUACUUGCCGCAUCAUUGCGUACUAAAACCCGACAGCUCAACGACAAGAUUGCGGGUAGUAUUUGAUGCGUCCGCAAAAACGUCCAAUGAUCUGUCACUAAAUGACAUACUCAUGGACGCCCCAACAGUGCAGAAACCUCUAUUCGAUAUCAUCCUGAACUGGCGCCUGCACAAGUUCGUCUUCACGGCGGACGUCCAGCGUAUGUACAGACAAGUAGUGGUGAACGAAGCACAUACUAAGUUCCAGAGAUGUCUAUGGAGGAACGACAAGACGCAGCCUAUUAUGGACUUGGAACUGUUGAGGGUGACGUACGGUAUUGGACCAGCUGGAUUCCUAGCUACUCGCUGUCUUGUUCAAUUAGCCGAAGACGAACGUGAUACUUUUCCGGAAGCAAGCGUGGUUCUGUCUAAAUCGUUUUAUGUUGAUGACGCACUUUCGGGAGCAAGCACACUUGAAAAGGCAAAACAACUGCGGAAGGAUUUGGAGCGGCUGCUCAGCGAAGGAGGUUUCAAGCUACACAAAUGGUGCGCCAACGAUCCGGCGAUUCUUGAGGAAGUUCCCAUCGAUGAUCGAGAAAGGCAGCUCAGUUUUGAAGACAAUGACGUCAACGGCGUUAUAAAGACAUUGGGGCUACUGUGGGACCCGGUGACCGACAACUUUCUGUUCCAAGUCAAACCAAUGACCAAUACCGGCGUUCCCACUAAACGUGAAGUUUUGUCCGAGAUCGCGAAACUGUUUGAUCCCCUUGGAGUUCUGGGACCGAUCGUCGUAUUAGCCAAGAUGGUGAUGCAGCAACUGUGGCGUAAGAACGUAGAUUGGGACGAUCCGAUUCCGGACGAAGAAUUCGAGGUUUGGAGCAGAUUAAGAACUGAAUUGUGCAACGUGAAGAACUUGAAGAUCCCGAGACGUGUGACCCUUGAUGAUCCGACGGCUUUCGAACUUCACGGGUUUUCGGAUGCGUCGACGAAAGCGUACGGUUGUUGUGUGUAUCUGAAAACCGUGAGUGCUGACGGCGUGGGAAAAGUGCGGCUUUUGUGUGGAAAAUCGAGAGUAGCUCCUCUUAAGGAGUCAGAACGGGUGGAGAAGGAAGGAGCAGCGCCAGCGGAAAUGACAGUUCCAAGGCUGGAACUUUGUGCGGCGGUUUUGUUGUCCAGGCAGAUAAAAACAGUGCGCGAAACCUUAGACCUCGAUAUCAAUCGAGUCGUUCUAUGGUCGGACUCAAAAAUAGUGAUUUGUUGGCUUAAGAAACUGAAGCCAGAACAGUCGAUUUUUGUGAGAAACCGAGUGACUGAAAUACUCAGAUUGAACCCAGACAUUGAGUGGAAGUACGUCAGCACGAAGGAAAACCCCGCGGACCUGGUAUCGCGCGGUAUGCAACCAGAUGAACUGAUGUGCAGUGAACUGUGA